GUAAAUGCUGAAGCAAGGAACGAGGAAUCGAUUCAGAUUGAGCGUCGGAGUCUGAGGAAGCGGCGACAGAGAGAGUCUCUUCUUCCGUCCAUGGUGAUAUGACAUGGAGGGAGGAGAGACUAGAUACUGCGACAUGGAUUUCUUCGAACUGGCCAAGAUCAUCUUCACCAGGGUGCAGAAGCUGGAGCCUGAGAACGUCGUCAAGAUCAUGGGAUGCAUCUUCCUGAAGGAGCCGAGCGGGCUGGAGAUGCUUCAGCUUGCAUUCGGCCCCGACACCACGUUGCUCUCCAAAGUGAUCGACGCCAAGAUCAUGCUUGGCAUCUUGUCCGCCAAGCCGAUUGCUUCUUACCUUACUUGGGGAUCGCACGCCUUCUCCUCCCCCACGAGUCUUCAUGUUCAGCUACCCUACGAUCACCAUCCUCCACCCCACAACAUCGAUCUCGUCCCGCGAGCGUACGCUGAAUCCAUCGCCGACGAGUCCUCACUCUACGGUCAACCUCCGCCGGCGGACCAACUCGAUGCCACCAACCACAUCGGGAACUACCACUACCCGGACGCCCCACUGGGUGGUGGCGUGGCUUUAAGGAGCAGCAGGAGAUCACACAGCCUAUCCGACUUGCCCAUCAAGGCUUGCCAUUACUUCAACAAGGGCUACUGCAGGCAUGGAAUGAACUGUAGAUACUCGCAUGCCCAGUCCGCUCCUGAUGGCUACUAUCCUCAUGUACUCACCGCCAACAUGACUGACUACCCGAACGACGACGUCCCAUUCACGCCCAAGUCGCUCGAGAAUCUGGAAAUGGAGAUCACUGAGCUCCUGAGAUCGCGGAAAGGAACGCCCGUCUCGACUGCCUCCUUGCCCUUGCUGUACUUCGACAAGUACGGGAAGAACCUGCAGGCGGACGGGUACCUCACGGAGAGCCAGCGUCAUGGGAAGGCUGGCUUGAACUUGACGAAGCUGUUGUCCCACUUGAAGAAGAGCAUUCGGCUCAUCGAGAGGCCACAUGGACAACACUCGGUAGUACUAGCAGAGGAUGCUCCGAGAUACAUGGACUGCAGGAACGAGAGAAGUGACUCAGGUUCUACGGUUUCAAGCUCUCACCAGAUUUAUCUUACAUUCCCAGCAGAAAGCACCUUCUCCGAGGAUGAUGUUUCCAACUACUUCAAGCAAUACGGUCAAGUGCGUGAUGUUAGGAUCCCUUGUCAAGACAAACGCAUGUUUGGGUUCGUCAGCUUUGUCCAUCCUGAGACUGUCAACAUGAUUCUUACGAAGAGAAAUCCUCAUUACAUAUGUGGUGCUCGUGUAUUGGUCAAGCCAUACAGGGAAAAAUCUAGAGUCAUCGACAGAAUGUACUCGGAGAAGAUGAAGCCAUGGACUAAUUACCCUUCACGUUAUGUGGGGAUGGAUCAUGAUGUGCAUUCUGUGACUCGAGAAGGUGAUAGUUCAAGCUUGCUUAGAAAUAAUCUAAUUGAGAAGGAAAUGAUGAUGGAGCAUCUCUCUGGAUUGAACUUGGCACCCAAGAGAUUGACACAGCAACAUUACUUGACUCAUGGCAUGGAAGACAUGAGAGUUGCAGAAGUUCCCAGUGACUUCUUCCUAGAUCAUUUCAGCUAUCCAUUUGAUGCUAUGAAUAAUGGAUCCACAAGUGAUGACAAAGCCAGGCAAACAAGCAACCCAUUCAGUGACCAGGAAAGUAGCGUUGAACUCCCGGAGAGCCCUUUUGCAUCUCCACCAGUAGGAAGCAGCAUUUCUGCAGUCAUAUGAACACUAUGAAGAGAACAGGGAAUGGAAGCUUGCCAUUCCAUCAAUGAUUUGGUACAGUGUCUGAAUCAAUGGGGGUUCCCUGAGCUCUGUACUCAACAACAGAAGAUAAAUGCUUCUCCAUUUGUUACUGUGAGAAGCCUAGGAAGAUACAGCUACACCUUUAAAAGGAAGCAAUACACCUCUCUCGUUGUAGAUACUGAAGCAGGAUGUCAGUUCAUUUAGAAGAGAAAUGGCUAAUUUAUUGUAAUAGAUGAAAGACGUGAACUAUCUGAACUAGAAACAAAGUUGUGUUUGAAACAUGAGAUGGUAUAGCAUACAUCACUAAUUGUUGAACUUUCAUUGCAUAUUUUAAUGCUAGUUGCAAAUAACAAAGAGAUGGCCAAUUGUCCUGGUGAUCAUACAUUGUGACAUUUCUUGCAGCUUUCCAUCUAAUAUCAGAUAAUUCCUUCUGCUCUGAUGAAUGUAUAGUUACAGCAUGCAAUUAUCUCCAGCUUAAUCCAAGAAGCUGGAAUUCAGGUUGUUUUUCAUUCCUAACUGGGGUUCCUAAUUAUGAAGUUUGAUGCAUAUAAUCCAGUCUCAAAUGUUGUAAUGGGAUGGGAGAAUAUGAACCAAAGGCCUGCAACUGUGU